AUGUCGUUCAACGGGAAGGCUCCGUAUGCCCCGGACUAUGCGUCCUACAACUGGAUUGGUGCUCCCGCGAACUACGACCUAGCCACCAAUGUUGACCUGGGCGGAGAUUCCCGCACCGAAAACGUGAACAAAUGGUUCCAAUCCGGCGACCAGGCCUACAUUCUCGUCUCCUCGGCCAUGGUGCUGGUGAUGGUCCCGGGCCUGGGCUUCCUGUACUCGGGCCUGGCUCGACGCAAGUCUGCCCUCAGUAUGAUCUGGGCCUGCAUGGCCUCCAUGUCUGUCAUCACCUUUCAGUGGUACUUCUGGGGCUACUCGCUCGCCUUCUCGCCCACCGCGACCAACGGCUAUAUCGGCAACCUGCGCAACUUCGGCCUCAUGAAAACCCUGGCGGAGCCGAGUCCCGGAUCACCCUUGGUUCCUAGCCUAUUGUUUGCGUUCUACCAGAUGCAAUUCUGCGCCGUCACCGCAGCCAUCGUCAUGGGCGCCGUCGCCGAGCGCGGCCGCCUUCUUCCCGCUAUGGUCUUCACCUUCAUCUGGGCGACCAUCGUGUACUGCCCGCUGGCCUGCUGGGCCUGGAACAGUAACGGCUGGGCCUACAAGUACGGGGUGAUGGACUACGCUGGUGGCGGGCCCGUCGAAAUUGGCUCUGGCUUCAGCGCACUCGCCUACAGCAUGGUCCUCGGCCGGCGUCAGGAGCGCAUGAUGCUCAACUUCCGCCCACACAACGUGUCGCUGAUCCUGCUCGGCACCGUCUUCCUCUGGUUCGGCUGGUUGGGCUUCAAUGGCGGGUCGUCCUUCGGUGCCAAUCUCCGUGCAACUAUGGCCUCGUGGAAUACGAAUCUGACUGCCGCCUUCGGCGCCAUUGCCUGGGUUCUGCUUGAUUGGCGGCUCGCCCGCAAGUGGUCCAUGGUCGGCUGGUGCUCUGGCACCAUCUCUGGCCUAGUCGCGGCCACGCCCGCCUCGGGCUUCAUCUCGCCGUGGGCCAGCGUCAUCCUCGGCAUCGUCACCGGCAUCGUGUGCAACUAUGCGACGAAAAUCAAGUACUGGAUCCGCAUCGACGACAGCAUGGAUGUGCUCGCGGAGCACGGCAUCGCUGGAAUCAUCGGGCUUAUCUUCAACGCGCUUUUCGGCGACGACGCCAUCGUGGGGCUCGACGGCGUUAACACCGGCGCCGGCAUCGGCGGCUGGGUCAUUCACAACUAUAAGCAGUUAUACAUUCAAGUCGCCUACAUCGUGGCCACCGCCGCCUACUCAUUCGUGAUGUCCGCACUCAUCGCCUACGCCAUCAACCUCAUCCCAGGCCUGAAACUGCGCGCCUCCGAAGAAGCCGAGCUCCUCGGCAUGGACGACGACCAGCUGGGCGAGUUCGCGUAUGAUUACGUUGAGGUGCGCCGCGACUAUCUGGCGUGGACGCCGCAGCAGCACGACCAGCGGGAGGACGGGCAUGAGGUUCCGGCCGCGGAGCGGUACGGCAUCGGCGAGCACUCGGAGAUGAUGCUGGAGGGGCACCCGCCGAAUGGCGAGAUCAGUCAGAGCUCGCGCGGGGGUAGUGAGGGCGAUAUGCAUAUUCAGGAGGUGAAGAUUGCGCCGGCGCCGAGACAGGUUGCUGAGUCGACGACGCCGCAUACGCAUGCGCCACCGCCGAUGGAGACUCCCGUUGUGUUGAGGCCCGUUGAUGAGAAGGGGGAUAAUUAG